AUGACCGACCGACCACCACCACCACAGACCAAAGGGGACCGGACCGACCGACCCCAUGCAACAAGCCCUUGGUCGUCCUGGGGUCUUACAACUCGGGCCAGCAGCCGCAGCAGCAGCAGGCGGAACGGAUGGGAUGGAUGGAUGGAUGGAUGGAUGGGAUGGGCGCGGGCCGUGAUUCAGGGCGCGAAUAAGCAACCAAAGGGCCAGUGUGUCGAACAAGGACCUACCUACAGUACCACCCCCCGCUUCCUUCCCCUGGUCGUUUGUCAGUUGUCGAAACGCACUGCCCGAAAUAGGCCUACUGCUUUCUGGGGGCUCUGGUGCGGGCGAGCCAGCUGGUGA